AUGACGGAAGAAAAUCUGUCCACUAAUAAAAUAGAUCGAAGCCAGUCUAUUUGCGAACGAAGUUUGUGGACCCGCCUGACACCCGGACAAAAUGAAGCACUGCGAUGUGCUCGUGGCACACACGAAUUAGACACAAUUUUGACCGAGGCCGGAUUCACACGUGCUACUUCACUGUUUGUUGAACUGGUGAAUCACGCGUUGUGGUUCGCGAAAGACAAUGCCCUCGCACCUGCGCAACUCACCGUACUGAUUUCGAUUCUCUAUGAACUAUGGGAUUUGUGUGCAAGCUCCCCGUUUGUGCCAAUACAGCGUGGUUUGGCUGAAGCAAACAAAUUACUGUUAUGUCAUUCCGUUCAGAGACCGCCUCAUUCAGUGGAGAUAUUCUCUAUAGACUUGGCCAAAAAAUGCAUGCGAUUCAUUGUGGAACGCUUUUUUCGCUAUUGGAAAAUGUACCGAUACGCAUUGUCACCGGGAGCUACAUUGAUUCCUCAAUUCGAAUACGAUGAUGUUGCCGACCACAAUACGGUUGGCUCAACUAACCCCCUGCUCCCCGACGAGUUUCUGCUCCGCCACCAACUGCAUCGUUUCUACACUAACUCCCAAGGUUUCCUCAGCGAAUUUGCAGAGGUAGAACUGUGUUGCCAAACUGGUCAAUGGGACAUUAUUGCAGUCACCAAAACCUGGCUGACAACCGACAUUCUGGACUUAGAGUUAAGCUUACCCGGCAUGACUCUGCUCAGACGGGAUCGAACUACAAGGGGUGGUGGGGUGUUACUCUACUUUAGCAGCAAACUACAAUGCGAAGUAAUUGAUUAUCCUACUGCGGUUUCUGACUCACUAUGGUGCAAAGUGCGACUGUCGCAGCGCGAUAUCGGCUUGAUCGGUGUGGUGUACCGCUCUCCCUCAUCGACAGACUCAGCCAAUGAGACACUAUUGCAAACCAUGUAUCACAUACUGUCACUAAAUUUCACACAUGUUCUCAUUAUGGGUGACUUCAAUUGCCCUAACCUAGCUAACUCAGCGACCUCUCUACAACCGUUUGAGAGGAAACUUGCACGGCUCAUGGAAUCCUAUCUAGGUUACAAUUUUGUGAAGGAGCCCACGAGGUUUGGAGCCAACCAGUCACCAUCGGUUUUGGGCCUGGUGUUAGCUAACGAAGAACUGAUGGUGGAAGCGAUUUCCACUGCAACUCCAUUAGGGCGUAGUGAUCAUGCUGAGCUGACGUUUGACUACAUUUGCUAUGCUUUCGUACCGCACAGUUCUACGAUUAGCUCCUGUAUAAUUGUUGACUACACUAAACUUCAAAUUUUGGCGAGAGAUUUCCAAUGGAAAUUUCCCAACGAACAGUGUGAUCCCCUGGUAUCCUGGGAAGAAUUUACAAACCACCUGACGAAACUGAUGAAAGGCGCGACGAAGACCAAACGUAUCACCUAUUCAACUGGUCAAAGAUCAGCAAUUCGAAGUCGGACAAAAAAGUGGAUUUCGCAGAGGAAUACCUCAUGGAGAGCUUAUAAACGAUCGCCUUGCUACAACACAUGGUAUACCUACUGUCAACUCCGAAACCACUGCACCAAGUUGGCGCGAGAAGACAAGUUAAUACAACAAAGAAUGCUCAGGCGCAAGUUCAUAUCAAAUCCCAAGCUGUUGUACAAACACAUAAAUGCCGCCAGAAAAGUUAAUUCUGGUGUUCCUGCGUUAAGGUUGGCAGAGCGUGUUUCAGUCACAACAAAGGAGGCAGAUGAAAUGCUAAAACGUCAGUACGCUCAAGUGUUCACCGCACCUGCGAACACCGGACUACGACUGCCUCUGUCACUUGAGGAUACAUCACAACCAGUGCUCACCACAAUUGAUUUUCCCCCAGAAAUCGUUGCAUCGAAACUGCAGUGUUUGAAAAGGAACUCAUCUCCAAGGGUAGAUAAUAUCCAUUCACAAACCCUUAUCAACCUGGCGAGUAACUUAGCUCAACCCCUAAGCAAACUAUUCCAACCAAUGUUCAACAAAACUGCGCUCCCAAAAACAUGGAAACAAGCGAUAAUCUCUCCGAUAUUCAAGGGCGGUUGUCGUAGCGACCCGGCUAACUACCGCCCCGUUACUCUCCUCCCCGUAUUAUCCCAAGUCAUGGAAUCCGUUGUGGUAGACAAUGUGAUGAAUCACUUGGAAAAAUACGUGUUAUCUCCAGCUCAACAUGGGUUUCGUCGCAGCUGA